AUGGCAGAGAACUCCGACAAAGUUCCCAUCGCCCUGGUGGGGCCUGACGACGUCGAGUUUUGCAGUCCCCCGGUGUACGCCACCGUGACGGUGAAGCCCUCCAGCCCCGCGCGGCUGCUCAAGGUUGGAGCCGUGGUCCUCAUUUCCGGGGCGGUAUUGCUGCUCUUUGGGGCCAUCGGAGCCUUCUACUUUUGGAAGGGGAGCGACAAUCACAUUUACAAUGUCCAUUACAGCAUGAGCAUCAAUGGGAAAUUACAAGAUGGGUCAAUGGAAAUAGAUGCUGGGAACAACUUGGAGACCUUUAAAAUGGGAAGUGGAGCUGAAGAAGCAAUUGAAGUUAAUGACUUCCAGAACGGCAUCACAGGAAUCCGUUUUGCUGGAGGAGAGAAGUGCUACAUCAAAGCACAAGUGAAGGCUCGCAUUCCUGAGGUGGAUACCAUGACCAAGCAGAGCAUCUCCUCCGAACUGGAAGGCAAGAUCAUGCCAAUUAAAUUUGAAGAAAAUUCUCUGAUCUGGGUGGCUGUAGACCAGCCUGUGAAGGACAACAGCUUCUUGAGUUCUAAAGUCUUAGAGCUUUGUGGUGACCUUCCUAUCUUCUGGCUUAAGCCCACAUACCCAAAAGAAAUCCAGAGAGAAAGAAGAGAAGUGGUAAGAAAAAUUGUCCAGCCUACCACAAGACCAAGCAGCAGACCACCACCACGGGGCAACCUAGGCCCUGGAAGACUGAAUAAUGAAACUAGACCCAAUGAUCAAGUGGAUUCAGAACCCUUCAACCCAGACAAUCCUUAUCACCAGCAGGAAGGUGAAAGCAUGACAUUCGACCCUAGACUGGAUCACGAAGGAAUCUGCUGUAUAGAAUGCAGGCGGAGCUACACACACUGCCAGAGGAUCUGUGAACCCCUUGGGGGCUAUUACCCAUGGCCUUACAAUUAUCAAGGUUGCCGUGUGGCCUGCAGAGUCGUCAUGCCAUGUAGCUGGUGGGUGGCCCGCAUCUUGGGCAUGGUGUGAAAUCAUUUCAUACACCAGGUGCUGUAAAGUAAAAAUUAACUGAAGAGACAACCAAAGAAGCAUGAAGCAUCCUGAUGCUGAAGGACCACAAAGUACUUUAUACUCAGAGGGAGAUUAUUCUAGACACCUUUAAAAAAUAUUUCUCGAUUGCUCUGAAUUUUAUCUAGCAUGUGCAAAUGUACUGAAAAGGUAGUUUAAGAAUCCUUUUAUUGCUAUUUUUUUCUUUGCUUUGACAAUAAGUGCCUGUUUUCCCAAGCUACUUUGAAAUAAACAUGGAAAAUUAUUUACAAUUAGUCAAAGAUCUCAAUUGUACACUUGAGUUCUUUUUAAUCAAGUCACUGACUAAGGAAUUAAGCUGUUCUCUGAUGUUACUAGGACAUAAUUCCUCAAUUGUUCUUAACCUUUAUUAUUCCUUCCCAGCAAAUGUGCCCCAGAGUUUGCGGAUAAGAACGCAAAUAAAAUAGGGAAUAUAAUGGAAUCUACUUGAAAGUAAACAUUGUAAGCCUCAAUGUGGUAGCCCAUGGGAAAUUCUCCGUAAGCAUGUACUGGCAUGUAAUUAACAGGUGGCUGCCCCCUGCUAAGAGUCACCUCCAGGAAAAGAGCAUUAGGAUAAAGGGGAAAAAUACAAAGAUAAAUCAGACCUGUGGAAAGGAGGACUUCACUGACAUUCUGAAAAGCAGGUCUUCACAGACUUUUCAAUCUGUUUUCAAUAAGUGGCCCCUGGACAUGAAGCAGCAUAGUGAUUUCUAGCUUCGUAGUACAAACCAGGCUACUACUGUAGUCCAAUUACCAAUAAGUGACUCUCCUAGUAAUGGGGUUGACAGUGCUGCUUGGCAGGCAAGGCUGAGGAGGGACAGACAGCUUAUUUAUUCAUAAUGACAAAGAAAAUCUCUCAGGAACAUGGACUGUCUUUAGAAAUUGAAAUAUUAGAUCAGGAGGAUGAACAACUAUUUCCUAUUUCUGACAUUUUAGUUUCGAAUCCCACAGUUUUUUAGAGUUAACUUUCCAAAGCGGGGGAAAGAUAAGUUUCCCAAAUCAAUAAUGAAAGGAUUCAGAGAGAUGACAGAAAGGUCUUGAUGCCAUGAUCUUACUACAGUCCCAUAUUCUGAAUACAUCUUAUUAUUGUAUGUCUAAUGUUUGUCAAUUAAAAUGUGUAAAGUCAUAAAAAGAAUUUUAAACCUGGUUAUCAGAUCGACACUCAUAUGCAUGCCUAUACUGAACGGAAUAUACAGCAAGCCAGGUCUCUGGAGAAAAAAGGGAUGUAGGAAAGACACACUAAAAUAAUUACAAGUGAUGGCUGCACUGCUCUUAGGCAGCAGCUACUUCCUGCACAGCACAAGUUAUACAUUUUACGCUUACUCUUAAAAAUGGUUGUUACUCUAUUAACUAUGCAAAUAUAUGCCAAUGGUUCUGGACCACGAUUACACCCUGCCUCCCUUCAAUUGCCCAGCAACCUGUACUGAGUUGUAGAAAUUAAUUUUUAAAGGAGGACAAGAAAAGAGAAGGGGGGGAAAAAAAUGAAUGACUCCACUCCUGACACCUACUUUUCAGACAAUGAUCAGACAGGCCUAAAAAACAAGUAACACAUGUGGAACAUGCUUCUUAGUUUAAUCAAAUAUACGAGAGCAAAUGGGCAGCUCCUGCCCAAAAGCAAGAUGCAAAGGCAAGAAGGGACAGGAACUGGACUAAUGGACACAGGGAACCCAGGGCGGAAAGGGGGAGAGUGCUGUCACAUUGUGGGAAUUGCCACCAAUCUCACGAAACAGUAUGUGUACACAAUUUUGAAUAAGAAACUAACUUGAGCUGUAAACUUUCACCUAAAGCACAAAAAACUAAAAAAAAAAAAAAGACA